AUUCGCACACCAUGGAGCACGAGAUACGUGCAACCUCAGCCUCCUCUGUCUACACCAUGUCAGGCAGUUCUGGAGGCACAGGCAGUCGAUUCGCCCGCGCUGUCACCAUUGUUGCCGGUGUUGCUGCUUUGGUCGCUACCAUCUUGACCUUCUUGUAUCUCUACUGUCUGUUCCAAUCACUGACUUUCUACCUUCAGGUCAACAUGGCUCCAAAGGUAUGCCUUAUCGCGAACAAACUUGACCGCAACCACGUCCUGACUCGUCUAGCAAAACUAUCGCAAACCGCUUCUACAGCGCUAUGUUAUUCGCAUCCUGAUCAUGUUCGGNUACCCAUCUACUCGGCCUCGUCAUGGGCCAGUCUCGUAUCCCUCAAAGCCGCCUUCUGGAUUGGCCCCUUCCGUGAUGUCUACGAAGCCUUUACCCUCUACGCUUUCUUCCAACUCCUGAUCAAUUUCCUCGGCGGCGAACGAUCCCUUAUCAUCAUGAUGCAUGGUCGAGCACCAGUCUCGCACCUCUGGCCCAUGAACCACUGUCUUCCCAAAGUCGACAUCUCCGAUCCUCAUACCUUUCUCACCGUCAAACGUGGUAUCCUACAGUAUGCAUGGAUCAAGCCCAUACUUGCCAUUUCGACCAUUAUCAUGAAGGCCACAGGCACCUAUCAAGAAGGUUACAUUGGUGUCACGUCUGGCUACCUGUGGAGCGGUAUAAUAUAUAACAUUAGCAUCACCUUGAGUCUAUAUGCUCUUGCUCUGUUCUGGGUCUGCAUGUCACAGGAUCUCAAGCCCUUCCGCCCUAUGCCUAAGUUCUUGUGCAUCAAGGGCAUCAUCUUUGCUUCCUAUUGGCAAGGUUUCUUCCUCUCUAUUCUCGUCUGGUUGGGAGCCAUCCCAGACGUCAGCUCAGAAUACUCGGCAGAUAAUGUUGCCGCCGCCAUUCAGGAUGCUGCCAUCUGUUUCGAGAUGCCCAUCUUCGCCAUCGCGCAUUGGUACGCUUUCUCCUGGCACGAUUAUGCCGAUCGAACCAUCUCGGAUGCCCGCAUGCCCGUCAAAUUUGCUCUCAAAGAUGCAUUCGGUCCCCGUGAUCUGAUCGAAGAUGCCAAAGAAACCUUUUAUGGCACCAAGUACGAAUACCGCUACUUCGAUGCCGAAGACAACGUCAUUGCACAUGAACAAUCUGCGUCACGUGCAGCACGAAUGAGAGAGGGUAUGCGUUAUGGAAGAGGAGGUAAAGGUAAAUACUGGCUACCUGAAAGAGGCCAUGCCGAUGCAAAAACUCNNCCUCUGCUGGGUGGCCACAGUCGCGCACGUACGAUGAGUCCCGGAGGUGGCGGCAAGUCUCCUUCGCCGCAUGGCUCCUUCAGGUACGGUGCACAAUCACCUCCAGAGGAGCCUGAAUUGGACGCCGAGGAGGAACAGCUCUAUAGUAGUGCGAGGGCGUUGGAGUUCGGUGAUUGGAAUGUAAGUUUGUUUCAACAAAUUUCUCAUCUAACACAUUCUAACAAAAGUAGUNAUCCUGUCAUCAACACGCACUAUGCCAACAGCGAUGACAGGUUACGAGCCGAGCCGGAGAUAAUUACUGCUUCGACCAAUCGUCAGCUCUUGCAACCAGGUAGCAAGAACUACCGCGAGAGGCGGAAAAGCAGAAUCCAGAACCUUCAGGAGAACGCUCACCAGGGCAAGCACCGCGACAGUGCUAGCAGCAGUCGUUCCAAGGCCAAGUCGUCGAUACCAGUCAUCGGUAGUUUGCUUCGACACGAAUCAUCAGAAUCGGCCGUGACGGUCGAGUCCCACAACAGCCAGUUAGUUGAUCUUAUUGUGGAGGAUCAUGAAGCAGAAGAGGUCGAACGUGUCAGAGCACGCAAGGAGGGUGGACCCGGAUGGAAUGAGAUUGAGCAGAAACACUUUACAUAUCCCGAUAACAAAGACGCUCGCGAAGAGGUGAGAGAAGGAUACAACCCGGAUCGCGUUGACCAUGUCGACGAAGACGAUGCACACAACUUGAACCAACCAUUUACGGUUGGUGAUUAUGAAGAGGACGAAGAGCCACAGGAUGAGCUCGGUCACGACCAACCUUGGGAUGCUCGCGACCAUGGAAGCAAUGUUACAUCGCCGCAACCCGAGUACGGAAGCUUUAACGACGAGAGGAAUGCAUGGGGAGGACGA